AGGAGAGCUGGGAAUCAUAGAAACCAGGGACAGCCCUGAGGCUGAGGGUGGGAGGAGGACGAGGAGGAGAAAGAGGAGGAGGACGAAGGCAGCUGCUUGCCUGCUCUCCUCUCAGCCUAUAAAGCCAGCGGACACCGGUAUGGCCAGGAGCAAGUCCACCCUCUGCGCGUGGCUGGGCUGCCCCGGGCUGCUGGGCUGCUUCUUGCUGGGCUUUCUUGCAGGAUGGUUUACAAAACCGAAUGAAAAAAACCCUGACUUUUCAGAUGUCUACCAAAAUGUGAGAAAGAAACUUGUGGCUGAAAUGAGAGCAGAAAACAUCAAGCAAUUCCUUCGCUCAUUUACCAAGUUGCCUCACCUCGCGGGAACUGAACAGAAUCUUCUUCUUGCCAAACAAAUUCAAGGCCAGUGGAAGGAAUUUGGACUGGAUUCAGCAGAACUCGCUCAUUAUGAUGUACUUCUUUCAUACCCAAAUGAAAAAGAGCCAAACUACAUCUCAGUAAUUGAUGAUGAAGGGAAUGAGAUUUUCAAUACAUCGUUCUUUGAACCACCACCACAGGGGUAUGAAAAUGUUACUGAUAUACUACCACCAUAUAAUGCUUUUUCAGGACAAGGAGUACCAGAGGCAGAUCUGGUAUAUGUGAAUUAUGGCCGCACUGAAGAUUUUUUUAAACUGGAGCGUGAAAUGGGAAUUAACUGUACAGGAAAGAUUGUCAUUGCCAGAUAUGGGAAGAUUUUUAGAGGAAACAAAGUUAAAAAUGCCAUAUUAGCAGGAGCCCAAGGGAUCAUACUUUAUUCAGAUCCUGCUGACUACUGCGCCCCAGGAGUAGGUGCUUACCCAGAUGGCUGGAACCUUCCAGGCGGAGGAGCCCAGCGUGGGAAUGUGUUAAACCUGAACGGGGCUGGGGACCCUCUGACACCAGGUUAUCCUGCGAAAGAGUACACUUUCAGGUAUAAAGUUAAUGAAGGUGUAGGGAUUCCCAAAAUCCCAGUUCAUCCCAUUGGAUAUCAUGAUGCAGAAGUGUUAUUACGUGCAAUGGGAGGACGUGCAGCUCCAGACAGCAGCUGGAAGGGAAGUCUCAAUGUGCCAUAUAACAUAGGGCCAGGAUUUGCAGGGAACUCUUCUACAAGAAAAGUCAGAAUGCAUGUUCAUACAAACAAUAAAAUAGCACGAAUUUACAACGUCAUUGGCAUCCUCAGAGGAGCUGUAGAACCAGACAGAUAUAUUAUUUUAGGAGGUCAUAGAGACUCUUGGGUAUUUGGUGGUAUCGAUCCAACUACAGGUGCAGCUGUUCUGCAAGAGGUUGUACGGAGUUUUGGUAAAAUGAAGAUGGAAGGUUGGAGACCCAAGCGAACUAUUAUUUUUGCUAGCUGGGAUGCAGAAGAAUUUGGGUUGUUGGGUUCUACAGAAUGGGCUGAGGAAAAUGCCAGAGUCCUUCAGGAACGGGCAGUUGCUUACAUCAACACAGAUUCUUCCAUAGAAGGUAACUACACAUUAAGAGUUGACUGCACCCCCCUUCUCUACAAACUGGUGUAUAAUCUGACAAAAGAGAUUUUAAGCCCUGAUGAGGGUUAUGAAAAUAAGUCUCUUUAUGAGAGCUGGCUUGAGAAAGAUCCUGCAAUUGAAAACAAUAGCUAUCCCAGAAUAAACAAACUGGGAUCAGGCAGUGAUUUUGAAGCUUACUUUCAGCGGCUGGGAAUUGCGUCAGGCAGAGUCCGUUACACCAAGAACAGGAAAACAGACAAAUUCAGCAAUUAUCCUGUUUAUCACACCGUGUAUGAGACCUUUGAGUUAGUGGAAAGAUUUUAUGACCCCACCUUCAAGAAACAGCUAACAAUUGCCCAGUUACGAGGCAAACUGGUUUAUGAACUGGCAGACUCCCAGGUCAUUCCAUUCGACUGUAGAGAUUAUGGAGAAGCCUUAAAAGGAUACAGCAAUAGAAUUUAUAUAUUGGCCAAGAAACAUGAAGAACAGCUGAAAACUUACAAAGUAUCAUUUGAUCCUCUUUUUUCAGCUGUGGUGAACUUCUCAAAGGCUGCUGCUGAAUUUCACAGGAGACUUGAACAAGUUGACAAGAAAGACCCGGUUGCAGUGCGGAUCAUGAAUGAUCAGCUGAUGCUUAUAGAAAGAGCUUUCAUUGAUCCUCUUGGCUUACCAGGAAGGCAGUUUUACAGACACGUCAUCUUUGCUCCGAGCAGUCACAACAAGUACGCUGGAGAGUCCUUCCCGGGGAUCUAUGAUGCCAUGUUUGAUAUUGAAAGCAAAACAGACCAGCACAGAGCCUGGGAAGAAGUAAAGAGGCAGAUUUCCAUUGCUGCCUUCACUGUGCAGGCAGCUGCGGGGACACUGGAAGAAGUAGCAUAGGGUGAUGACUUCAAAAUCCAUCAAAGAACUCCUGAGCUAGAAAUUGCCACUCCUCUGACACUGAUGAAAGAACAGCUCUAGAUAGAAGCAAAUUUGGGGGUGGGGAAAAGGAAGAAUCGGUUCCCAAUGAGAAUUUUCUGAAAGAUCUGACAAUUUUGAGGACUCAUUAUUUUGGAUGUACAAUUACAAAACCAGUUAUUUGCAUGUUACUGGUAAAUCUUGUCUGUAGCAGUGAUCAACAGCACAUAUUCCAUGAGAAAAAACCUAUAACACAGCUCAGCACAUGCAUUUUCAUAUAUUUUUCUUGUUCUGAUAAUUGCUUUUAUGAGACACAAAAGGCAUUCUCUGUAUUUUAGAAUCUAUUCUGUAGGACUGGUGAGUGCUCAUUGUACUGAUUUGCUUUCUUUUCCUGAAAAAAAUAAAAUACUGUCCCUCCUGCUAAUUGCCCAAACAGUACUAGCCAUUCUUAAUAAUCAAAUAAAUAGCUGAUUAUAUGCAGAAAUCCAAUAGUUUUCUCAAGGAGUGACUAUCCAUCCCUCUGAAGCACACUGUGCAUCUCUCUCCUUUAUUUGCACUUUGGAAUAUACAGAUUGUGGGGACAACCAAAAGCUGACCUCUCUGCUCCUUUUGGUACUUUCAUUAGUCCCAACCCAUGACAGCUUUUGUUCCUGUUUUUCUGGGAGAUCUCUUUCAUGAAGAAGUCUUCUUCCAACUGGUGAGGUAGAGGAUGUUGUCACUAUUGACUAUUGACGUUAUUCUGUCUUCAGAUGAGACCUGAAGAAAGUUUCCCAUCAGGAGCUGCAUGUAUAUUCAAAGAGAAACUGAAAUGUAUGAGAAGGGUAAUUAUUAAAACUGUUUAAUUUGUAAAAAAAAAUAAAUAUAUAUAUAUAUAAAUUCUUGCUUCACUUGUCCUUUAAAUGUACUUCUCAUCUACAUGCUUUCCAACUAAUAAAAUUGCUAGAAUUUUAUUAAAUCACA